AAGUGUGCGGACGAUUAUUGCACUUGCUUACUUUUAAUUGGAAUAUACACAAUAUUUAAAAAUAUAACAUAAUUGGAGAGUUGUUUUAACAGUUGACCGCAAACAGUUUUUACAAAGUUUAUUUUCAAUACUUAAAACGAAAAAAAAAAUAUAUAUAUAUAAAGAUGUCAACAGAUGAGCAAAAUCCUGUAGUAUCCAACGAUGAUGGCAGUGCUGCAAAAGAAAGCCGAUUUAAUGAGGACGAUAUGGAGUCUAUCGACCUGGAACAAGCAAAGAAAUUCCUUGAAGCCAAAGAAUUGUACUGUUAUGGUUCACGAAAUUUUCUUUUAAAAAACUACAGCGAUGCGGCUGAUAUGCUGAGUCAAGCAUGUGCCCUCUAUGAAGAAUUGUAUGGCGAGCAGUCGAAUGAAUUGGGCAUGCCAUAUUUGCUCUAUGCAAAAUCCCUGAUUGCCUUAGCAUUGGAUGAAAACAAAGUCAUCGAUGUGCCGGACGAAGAGGAACUCGAUGAUGAUGAUGAUGAUGAUGACGAUGAUGAUGAUGAUGGAGACGAGAUGGCCGUCGAUGCAUCACCAACCGCCAAGAAUGGUAGUAACGGUGCGGCGGCGGAGGCGGAGGCGAGUGGCCCCUUAAAAGAUAACAAAGAGAAGAGUGAUGAAAUGGAGGUGGAUUCAACGGCUAAAGCACCUGUUGCCGCAACGCCCGUUGAGGAUGAUGAAAAGCCAAGCACAUCAAAUGGCGAUGCUAGUGGUGAGGAGAUUCCGGAUGUAGAUAAUGACGCGGCUUCGAAUCUGCAAUUGGCCUGGGAAAUCCUUGAGUUGGCUGACAAAAUUUUCUCACGUCAAGGCGGAGAAGGCAUGUCAAACUUGGCUGAGGUGCGAACGGAACUGGCUAAUAUCGAAUUCGAGAACAAUUUGCCGGAGGCGGCACGUGACGAUUACAUGAAAGCCUUAAAAAUUUACCGUGAAAUGCCGCCAAACUAUCGCCGCGCUAUGGCAGAAAUACAUUACAAAAUCGGUCUAACCUAUUUGAUGCAACAGAUGAACAAAGAGGGCGCUGAAUCGCUGAAAGCUGCAUGUGAGCUAAUCGAUGGUGAAAUAAAGGAGAUGCAAGAGUGCGAAGAGGAGCUCAGCGAGAAGCGGAAGAACAAAAUACAGGAUUUGGAGGAAACCAAACAGGAGAUUUGGGCGAAAAUAUCCGAAAUCGAGGAGACGCAAGCACAGAACGUGGCCGAGGUGCGCGCUGCGCUGGAUAGCUACAUCAAGCCAAUUGGCGCAUCAACGGAUUCAAAUGGUGCAGGUUCCUCCACAGCCGCAGGAGCAGCCUCAGCAGCGGGCGCGUCGUCCUCGAGUGCAGCCAAGCCGACAGAUAUUUCACAUUUAAUUAAACGCAAGAAGCCGAGUGAGAAUACGGAAGCCGAGGUUGGGGCGUCUCCAGCCAAACGACCAACUGCCUAAUUAUUUUAUGUUUUUCGUGCUGCCGUGUUAUUUUUUAUUUAUUUUAUGAACUUUUUUCGUUUCUUUAAUGGCAACAAAAGAGGACAAUUUCGUUUAUAUGUGCACGAAGAGCAUAAUUUUUGUUCGAAGAGUUCUCAUUUAGUUUUAAAAAUUAGUUAUUUUUAUUUGUAUUUUUUGUGUUUUUUUUUCUACUGGUUAAAUUUUUUAAUUUUUUGCUUUGUUUUACGUAAUCAAGAUUUAUUUUUAUUUUUUCGCAACACUCAAAAGACAAAUUGUUAUUAUAGUACUCCGAAUUUGUUUCUUUAUGUUUUGCGUUUUUUACUAAUUCAAUUGAAGUCACAAUUCUUACCAUUUUAUAAUUUUGUUUUUUCGCUUUCGCAACUUUCAAUGUUGAAUUUUCUUAAAUUUCUCUACAAAGCGUUUAGUUGUAAGCAUAUACAUUGCAAAUACAUACUUAUAUAAAUAUAUACUUAAAUUAUCUAAUUAAUAGUCUAUCUUGCUAAUUUUUGUAUUGUUAUUUUUUGUGGCACAAAUGUUUGUUAUCAAACUCAUUUCUACACUACUCUCCCCUACUGUAAGAAAACACAACAAAAAAUGCGUAGUGUUAAGUUAAACAAUCAAAUAUAUUAAUAAUAUUCCUACAAAAACAA